AUGCAUCUUUCGUGGGCGGGUCGUGUGGUGGCGCGUGCGCAGCCGAGUGCGUUGGGUGCGCGCAUACUAGUGCGUCACGCUACCAACGACGCACUGCAGCGAUUGCCGUCGGAUAUCGAUUACUAUACACUGCUGGAUGUGCAAGAUACACCGAACCACGGCUGGACAAUCGAUCUGGCGCAGCUCAAGGGCCAGUGGCGCAAGAAACAGGCACAGCUGCACCCCGACCGACUUGUGUCGCGGCCUGCUGCCGAGCAGCAUCUCGGUGCGGAGCAAAGUGCGCUGGUGAACAAGGCGUACGAGACGUUGCGCAGCCCAUUGCUUCGCGCAACAUAUCUCUUGCAGCGCGAAGGCAUUGAUGCAGUCGAGGAGGCGAGUUCCUUGGAAGAUCCAGCGUUCUUGAUGGAUGUCAUGGAGCUGCAAGAGGCGCUGGAGGAGGCGGACAAUCAGGAGACGGUGGACCAGGUUGGUGUCGCGGCGAGUGGGCGAAUGGACGCGGUGCUGACAGGGCUUGAGCAUGCGUUUGCGCAGGAGCCCAGGGAUCUGGAACAAGUCAAGAGUCUGGCAGUACAGCUGCGGUACUGGACGAAUAUCGAAAAGGCCGUGCGCGAGUGGCAAGGAUAG